ACUGGAGGCUUGGGCUGUUCGGACGCCGGCUUCACUGGAGGCUUGGGCUGUUCGGACGCCGGCUUCACUGGAGGCUUGGGCUGUUCGGACGCCGGCUUCACUGGAGGCUUGGGCUGUUCGGACGCCGGCUUCACUGGAGGCUUGGGCUGUUCGGACGCCGGCUUCACUGGAGGCUUGGGCUGUUCGGACGCCGGCUUCACUGGAGGCUUGGGCUGUUCGGACGCAGGCUUCACUGGAGGCUUGGGCUGUUCGGACGUAGGCUUCACUGGAGGCUUGGGCUGUUCGGACGCCGGCUUCACUGGAGGCUUGGGCUGUUCGGACGCAGGCUUCACUGGAGGCUUGGGCUGUUCGGACGCAGGCUUCACUGGAGGCUUGGGCUGUUCGGACGCAGGCUUCACUGGAGGCUUGGGCUGUUCGCCGGCAGGCUUCACUGGAGGCUUGGGCUGUUCGCCGGCAGGCUUCACGGGAGGUUUGGGCUGUUCGCCGACAGGCUUCACGGGAGGUUUGGGCUGUUCGCCGGCAGGCUUCACUGGAGGCUUGGGCUGUUCGCCGGCAGGCUUCACGGGAGACUUGGGCGUUCGGCUGCAGGAGUCACUGGAGGAUUCGGCAGUUCAGCUGCAGGAGUCAGCGGUUCGGCUGCAGGCGUCACUGGAGGAUUCGGCGGCAGUUCGGCUGCAGGCGUCACUGGAGGAUUCGGCAGUUCGGCUGGAGGCGUCACUGGAGGAUUCGGCAGUUCGGCUGCAGGCGUCACUGGAGGAUUCGGCAGUUCGGCUGGAGGCGUCACUGGAGGAUUCGGCAGCUCGGCUGGAGGCGUCGGUGGUUCGGCUGUAG